GGUGCCCGCCACCUCCUGACUUCCCAGCAUUCCUUGCCAGGGAUCCCCGUAGCGCUGAAACAGACCAUUGACCUACGCACCUCCAUGGACGGCAAGUACAAGGAGAUUGCUGAGGAGCUGUUCUCUCGCAGCUUAGCAGAGCGUGAUAUGCUCAGCGCCCCUUAUGAGUUCCCUGAGGACAGUCCCAUAGAACAGCUGGAGGAGAGACAACAACGACUACAGAGACAGAUCAGCCAGGAUGUCAAGUUUGAGCCAGAUAUCCUUCUGCGAGCCAAACAGGAGUUAAUGAAGACUGACAGCGCUACUGACCUAGAAUACCUGAAGGAGCAGAGCCAGGCAUUCAUGGACCUGUAUCCCAAGGAGAUGGAGCGGGAAGGAGAGAAGGAGUAUCAGCGGGUCUCCAUCUCUGGAGAGGAGAAAUGUGGGGUUCCCUUCACAGACCUGCUGGAUGCUGCUAAGUGUGUAGUGAAGGCCUUGUUCAUCAGGGAGAAGUACAUCGGCCUGUCCAUGCAGAGCUUCUGUCGAACCACAGCCAGCUACCUGGAGGAGCUCAGUGACAGACCUCUAGAUAUGGGUAUCUAUGAGGAGAUACCUGAGACUUCUGUUACUGCAGACUUAGACCAAACGGUCCAUCCUCCUGUCUCCGCCACACACCCCUAUGAAAACCAGGACCCUGCCUGUAUGCCUCCUGAUAUAGGCUACGGCUGCAAGAUGGUAAACGGUGUCGUCCACAUCUACACAAAGAAGGACAGCAUGGACACGUCUACAGAGUUGGAGCUGCCCUACCCAGACCUAUCGGAGUACAUCGCUGAUAUGAACGUCAUGACGGCCCUCAUCAUCAACGGACCUGUGAAGUCGUUCUGUUACCGUCGCUUACAGUACCUGAGUUCUAAGUUCCAGAUGCACAUCCUGCUGAAUGAGAUGAAGGAACUGGCAGCUCAGAAGAAAGUUCCUCACAGAGAUUUCUAUAACAUACGCAAGGUGGACACCCACAUCCACGCCUCAUCCUGUAUGAACCAGAAACACCUGCUGAGGUUCAUCAAGAGGGCCAUGAAGAAGUAUCCAGGGGAGAUCGUCCAUGUGGAGAGAGGCAAGGGACAGACGCUCAUGGAGGUGUUCCAAACCAUGAACCUCACAGCCUUCGACCUCAGUGUGGAUACACUGGACAUGCACGCUGACCGCAACACUUUCCAUCGCUUUGACAAGUUCAACGCCAAAUACAACCCCAUCGGCGAGUCCAUCCUGAGAGAGAUCUUCAUCAAGACAGACAACCAUGUAGAAGGGAAAUACUUCGGACACAUCAUCAAG